AUGAGCUCAUCAGGGGCUAGGCUUCCGCUUAGGGCGGGAGGAGCCUGCGUUCGCUGCAGAAAGGGCAAGACUAAGUGUGUUUAUGAGAAUGGGAGACCGCCUUGCAAGAAUUGCUCGAAGGGAAUGCAUGAUUGCUAUCUACCAUCUGAGAGCCUUCAGCAUCACGGAGGAGGAAGCCCAGCGCGACAUGCCAGCCAUCCUCAUCGCCCCCGCGACAAUGUUCCUACUGUCGCCGCACCUACUGCUGAGAGACAGCCUGUCGUGGGUGCUGCUCCAACGCGUCACGCUCAGACGGGUUCCGACAAUAACCCAUUGUCACGGUCGCCUUCCAAGCGGUUUGGCGGACAUCGUUCUCUGCUCUUCUCUACCCCGGGUGGAUCGGCAGACUCGCUUCACUCGUCUCAUCAUCAGACUCUCGCGCUUCAGGCUUCAGCCUGCCCCUCAGUCUUUUCGUCCUAA